CCGGGGACACGAGCGCAGGCUCUGGGGCGCAGAGCACGGCUGGGCCGUCUCCGGGUGUCCAGCCGGGGCCGCUCUCUAGCCUCGCUGAAAGACAACAAUGCCGGCAAGUGCUAGUGAGAGUUUGAGGUGACGGAACGUGGGAGAGUGAUAGCACAGCUGUGAGAACGAAGCAUUCAUCCCGCGGUUUCUGGAGAUCAGAUCGAGUACAAGUUGUGUUUGGAGCAGGUGUAUAUUCAGAGGUCUGGAAUUGGAAUUACUUUAAGGGUGAAACUUGUGUCUUUCAAGUUGAACCAAAUCAGCAAUUCUUAAAGAAGUCAUGAAAGGGAAGUUACUGAAGGACUUGCAACGAAAAGCGUUUGUGAUGUUUCGAAGCUCAAGGAGAACAUUGUUGAGAUGGAUGUCCAUGGCAGAAUAAGAGAAAUCCUUGCUGAGACAAUACGGGAAGAAUUGGCACCUGAUCAACAACAGUUAUCAACUGAAGAUUUGAUCAAAGCCCUUAGACGUCGGGGAAUCAUUGAUGAUGUGAUGAAAGAACUUAAUUUUGUUACUGACAGUGUUGAUCAAGAACUCCCUUCCUCUCCAAAACAACCUGUUUGUUUCACUGAUAGACAAUCAACCUUGUUAAAAAAAACUAAUAUUGAUCCAACACGGAGGUAUCUUUACCUUCAGGUUUUGGGUGGAAAAGCUUUCUUGGAACAUCUACAAGAACCUGAGCCUUUACCGGGACAAGUUUGUUCAACCUUUACUUUAUGUUUACAUUUUCGAAACCAACGUUUUCGUUCUAAACCUGUUCCGUGUGCCUGUGAACCAGAUUUUCAUGAUGGCUUUUUACUUGAAGUACACAGAGAAAGCUUGGGUGAUGGAACUAGAAUGGCUGAUUCAACAACAAUGUUAUCAAUAAGCGAUCCAGUUCAUAUGGUGCUAAUCAAAACAGACAUAUUUGGUGAGACUACUUUAGUAGCAUCCUAUUUUCUUGAAUGGCGAUCAGUUUUGGGCUCAGAAAAUGGAGUGACCAGUCUUACUGUGGAACUUAUGGGUGUAGGCACAGAAUCAAAAGUUUCUGUGGGAAUUUUAAAUAUAAAACUUGAGAUGUACCCACCACUCAAUCAAACAUUAUCUCAAGAAGUAGUGAACACACAGCUUGCUUUGGAACGUCAGAAAACUGCAGAGAAAGAACGAUUAUUUCUUGUAUAUGCUAAGCAGUGGUGGAGAGAAUAUUUGCAGAUUCGACCCUCACACAACUCCCGGCUGGUUAAGAUUUUUGCACAGGAUGAAAAUGGGAUAAAUAGACCAGUCUGUUCCUAUAUUAAACCACUUCGAGCUGGGAGGCUUUUGGAUACUCCAAGGCAAGCAGCAAGAUUUGUUAAUGUCCUUGGUUAUGAAAGAGCCCCGGUUAUUGGAGGAGGAGGUAAACAGGAACAGUGGUGCACUCUGCUGGCCUUUCUCUGUAGAAACAAGGGUGACUGUGAAGAUCAUGCUAAUCUUCUGUGCAGCCUUCUUCUUGGAUAUGGAUUAGAAGCCUUUGUGUGUGUUGGGACUAAGGCAAAAGGAAUACCUCAUGCAUGGGUUAUGACCUGUGGAACUGAUGGAACUGUCACUUUUUGGGAGAGUUUAACGGGACACAGGUAUAUCCACAAACCUGUCAAUCCUGAUGAAUCUCCAGUUGCUGAACAGCCCAAGCCAUUGUACCCAUAUCGAACAAUUGGUUGUGUUUUCAAUCAUCAGAUGUUCCUGGGAAAUUGUCAGCCCUCUGACUCAGUAGAAAUAUGUGUGUUUGAUUUGAAUGAUGAAUCCAAAUGGAAACCCAUGAGUGAAGAAGCAAUCAAAUCUGUGUGUGCCCCAGGAGCUACAACAUCCCUUCCUCCCUUUCCCCCUCUAUGUGCAUCUACAAUUGAUGCUUCAAUAACAAGUAAUGAAAUAGAAAUGCAGCUAAGGCUACUAGUGUCAGAACACAGAAAGGAUCUUGGUCUCACCACUGUUUGGGAAGACCAGCUUUCCUAUCUCUUAUCACCAGCUUUGGCUUCUUAUGAAUUUGAGCGUACAACAAGUAUAUCUGCAGGCAAUGAAGAAUUUCAAGAUGCCAUAAGGAGGGCUGUACCUGAUGGUCACACAUUUAAAGGGUUCCCAAUACAUUUUGUAUAUAGAAAUGCAAGGCGUGCAUUUGCCACAUGUCUUCGAUCUCCUUUCUGUGAAGAAAUAAUCUGUUGCCGUGGAGACCAGGUGCGACUGGCAGUUCGUGUUCGAGUGUUUACUUACCCUGAAUCUGCAUGUGCUGUUUGGAUCAUGUUUGCUUGUAAAUAUCGCUCAGUAUUAUAGGACUAACAUUUCUGUAAGAAUAUACCUGUGUUUUAUUGGAAUUUUACACAUUGUACAUUACUAGCUGUUUAGAGGUUCAUUAUUUUAAAAAUCACAUUCUGGCUUGGAUGUCAUAUUUUACUAUUGUAUAUACCUGACUGAAAAUGUUUCAAAAAAAUCAUGUAUGUAUUUAAAAAUUAAGAAUGAAAAACUUGUAUAAAUCUGAGUGGAAUUUAGUAUAAAUUAAGUGUUUAUUUUAUUUUAAUAAAUGCUACUUUGUUUACAGGUA